AUGUUGCAUUCACACACCGAACAAGUUGCGUCUUCUGGCAUGCUGGAGGAGCCGCAGAAUAGGCAGAAGCAAGAGCAGCAAAGGGUUGUGGUCGCAUUUGACGUGUCAAAAGGAGAGGCAGUUGAUCCAAGCGACCCCUCUUUUACUCGCUGCUGCCGUUUGCUGAAACAGCUCGGCUGCACAUGUGUUGUAAACAAAUCCCUUCUUAAUCUCGCAAAGCUAGAGCGGCACGGAGUGUCAUUAUUAAUUGUUGGCAAUCCAAGCAAGCCGUUCACUGCCGAGGAGCUCACGUGUCUAAAACUGUUUCUACAAACUCCUCAAACCGACGCAGCUACUCACUCAGCAGCCGUUCCUGUUGGCGUUCAGUGUCAAGAGCCUACACCGAUGGGUGAUGCUCCGGUCACUGCGUCAAGCGACAACGCUGCAGCAGCAGAUACUAUAAAGAUGCCCUCUCAGGACGCAGCAGAGGUGGAAACAGUAAAAUCAGAUUGCUCCCCCACGGAAGCUACGACAAAGACAACAACGGCAAAUGUACGUCAAGCCCGUAGCAUCCUUGUAUUGGGUGGGAGCGGCAGCAGCAGCAACGUGAACUUUCUGCUUGAAGAGAUGGGCCUCUCGCUUGCUGCAGACUCUGUCGUUGCCGUCACCCCUCCUACGCUGCAGCAGCAACAGCGCGGAGUCUGCCAUCCGAGAGAAGUGGUGCUCCAGCAGCAGCAACUCGUAGGGGCCAGCAUGCAGCACCUGCUACAGCAGCAGCAAGGCCACACAAGUGGCAGUAGGGCCACAUUUAUUUACCCAUACGGAUCCAGCGUGUACGUGCAGCACCCUGCCGUUCCUUUGCUUUGUAGCAGUAACUGCUGCAGCCCUUCUCAACGUCCCUUGAUUGCCGCGGCAGCUGCUGCUGGCGGAGGCUUUGUUGUCGUUUGUGGCAGCAGCAGGCUGCUGCAGGACCCAUACCUAAGCCUCUACAGCAACACAGAUUUGGUGCGUUUGCUAUUGCAGCUGCUGCUUGGCCAUAUCUCUCUGCAGCAGCUGAGGCCGACUGCAGCAGAAGCAGCAGCUGCAGUAAGGAAAUAUAUCCGGCAAACUGACACAGAAAUUAUGUCGUUGCUGCCUCAGCCUUGCCUAGAGGCGCCUCCAGACGCCUCUAAUGACUUCCGUUCGCUGCACCAGCAACAGAGCUUUGCUGUGCAACCUAGGCUGCUGAAGCAUCUACAGCAGCUGCUGAAGCAGGUCAAGGCAAAUCCCAUAGAUAAACCACUAGAGCCAAUUAAGCCCACGUUGCUGCAACCGUUCCCUACCCUGAGGCCAGCACUGCACCCACCCAUAACCCCGUGUUUUCGCGCCCCCUCUUUGCCUCUUGUUGACUUGGAUAGUCUCUUCAUGUCUCCUCAGCAGCAUCUUCUUGCUGCUGCGGCCGCAGCUUUGGCUGAUGAACAGGAGGCGACUGCAAAUUCUGUGUGCGCAACAAGUGAAGUGCCAAGCGAAUACUUUGUAUGCCGAUCACAAGCAUCAGUUAGUGCACCGGCGAAACUUCAGCAAGAAGCCCCUCUAGUAAACUUCAUAUUGAGAGCCGCCAACGUGACAGGCAUCUUGCGGAAAGAGGAGCAGCAGCAAGAGCAUGAAGCUCAUCAGCAGCAGGAGCACGAAACUUACAGUCACCACGAAUACUCAGCAGGCAGGGAAGCGACAGCACGAGAAGCCUUGGCUCGCUUGCUGGGUUGCCUCUUAAACAGACGUCGUUGUGACUUAAAGCAACGAACAGGCUGUGCAACAGAAUCGGCUUGA